AUGACCUCCUUCAUCAACACAAUGUUCGUACACAGCUCCCCGCCCCAGCCAUACUCGCAAUCGCCCAAGCCUUUGCCCGCCCUGCAGUCCAAUGUGCUCGCCAAUUCAGAAUCCUCCUACCCGCAUCUGCAUUGUCCGGAGAGCCCGCAGUCGGUGUACCACUCGCCUCUACAACGCCACAUACAGAACGUCUUCGAUCACAGCAACGGCAACUCCCCUCGGUCGCACAUCCCCGUACCCGUCCAUCUCGAGUACCGACAUCACGAGACGCACCGCGCAGCAGGGCCGGGCUUUGGCUUCCAGGAUAUUGUGAAGAAGGCUGAUCUUCUGACACGUAGCAACAGUAAUGCCCGCAACCGGAACACCGCCGCCUUCCAGCCUCAGAAGCGCGCCAAGGGCACAAACAGCUGGCAGCUGAAGCAGUUCGCCGAGGCUACCCUUGGGAGUGGAAGUCUCAGGAAGGUGGUGCAGCUGCCGGAAGGAGAAGAUAGGGACGAGUGGUUGGCCGUCAAUGGUAGGCUUCCCAUGAUGGACGGGAGAAACUUGCACUAACACGAAGCAGUCGUCGACUUCUACAACCAGAUCAACCUCCUCUAUGGCGCCAUCACCGAGUUCUGCUCGCCGCAGUCGUGCCCAGAGAUGAAGGCGACCGACGAGUUCGAAUAUCUCUGGCACGAUCCACCCGCCUUCCCCAAACCCACUCGCCUUCCAGCGCCUACCUACAUCUCGCACCUGCUAUCCUGGACCUCCAACCACUUGUCCAAUCCGUCCGUCUUCCCGACACAUCCGGGCGUCGCCUUUCCGCCCAAUUUUCAGCAGACGAUCCGCACCAUCUUCAAGAGACUGUACCGGAUAUACGCCCACAUCUACUGCCACCACUACGGCGUAGUGAGAGGCCUUGGUUUGGAGGCACACCUCAACACCGGCUUCAAACAUUACGUGCUGUUCGUGGAGGAGUUCGGCUUGGCGGAUGAGAAGGGCAACAAGAAGGAAGAGUGGUACGGGCCACUGGGAGAGCUCGUGGAGAGCAUGUUGCGCAGCGAUUAG